UGUCAAGACACGUCAAAAUAUACGAAGAAUCUCUCUAACCUAGAAGUUCGGUUUUUCUGAACAUAUAAAAAAAGCCUCCAAAAUAGGGUUUCUAGCGCUUUCAAAAAUCUUUUUGCUGAGGAGACGAAUGGAGGGGCUCGAGGAGAUGAAAAAGCUCCUGGAGGAGUGCGACCAGAGUCACAUAUUAAAGUUCUGGAACGAGUUGAAUGAGGCCCAACAGAAAAGUUUCCUCGGAAGACUGCGGACCAUCGACUUUAAAAGAGCCCUGGAAAUGUGGCAGAAAGCGCAACAAGACUCUAGUGCACCCGAAAAACUGACCACAGAUGACUUGGCACCCAUCAAUGUACAGGUUGAGAGGUCAUUACCACACAGUACUAUAGAGCAAUAUAGAAAUAUUGGAUUGGAGGAGAUAUCCAAGGGUUCUGUUGCUGUGAUUGUGUUAGCUGGGGGUCAAGGAACUCGAUUAGGUAUGCCUUAUCCUAAAGGCAUGUGUCCUACAGGAAUACCCUCAGGAAAAACUCUAUUCCAAAUUCAAGCACAAAGGAUCCAAAGGCUAAUGGAAUUAGCAAAAGAAAGAACUGGAGAAAAGGGUGUGAUACAUUGGUACUUAAUGACAAGUCAAGCUACUCAUUUACUAACAGAAAAAUAUCUGCAACAAAACAAAUUUUUUGAUUUAAAUAAGGAAAAUGUGACCUUAUUCAAGCAGUGUCUCGUACCAAUUUUUGAUUUGGAGGGCAAAAUAAUGUUGGAAGAAAGGGAUGAUGUGGCAUUGGCCCCAGAUGGUAAUGGAGGGAUAUACAGGGCUUUACAUGAAAAUGGUUUAUUAGAAGAGAUGGAAAAGAAAGGCAUCAAAUAUGUCCAUGUCCAUAGUGUGGAUAAUAUUCUUAUUAAAGUAGCUGAUCCAGUUUUCUUAGGAAAAUGUAUUCAGGACCAAGUGGAUUGUGGACUAAAAGUGAUUCAAAAGAUAGAACCAACUGAACCCUUAGGUCUAGUAGUAAAACUCCGAGACCAAGUGCAAGUAGUCGAAUACAGUGAACUGCCCUACGCAACCGCAUCCCUAAAAUCACCCGACAACGAACAGGAACUUCUAUUCAAUGCAGGCAACAUCUGCAACCACUUUUUCACCGUCGAAUUCUUGAAAAGGGUCGCCAUACACCACGAAAACGACCUUAAAAUCCACGUGGCCAAGAAAAUCUGUAUCGCUUUGGGACCGGACGGGGACAAAAUGCGCCCCCCAUUAACCCCCAACUGUAUCAAAUUGGAAAAGUUUAUCUUUGACGCGGUCAGUUUCAGUAAAAAUUUGAUGGUGUGGCAAGUGGACCGUAACCAAGAGUUUUCCCCGGUAAAAAAUAGCGAUUUCGCCAGUCAAGAUAAUUUUGUAACAGCUAAAAGGGACUUACUGGCUUUACAUAAGACUUGGGUGGAGAAUAUGGGCGGCAAGUGUCAAGGGGAUGGGGUGGAAGUAUCGCCGUUGCUGAGUUACGAUGGUGAAGGACUGAGUAAAGUUAAAGGGAAAGAGUAUAUGAACGAGGAGGUGAUUUUGAGUGAAAUUGAGGAAAAACAGCAGGAGAGGUGGGGUUAGAUGGUUGGGAGUCUGAAGGUUUUUUUGUUAUAAAAGGGUUUAUCAGUAAAUUGAACGGAAGGACAGAAUUGCCAGAAAAAAAGGGUUGUAAACAGGUUGGCUUUGCGCGGUCAUUAUUUAUGCUACAACAUAAAACAUCUGAGGGUUUAAUGAUGCUGCAUGUAGCUUUUCUGUGAUAUGUUUUCUGUGCACACUUUGAAAAAAUUGGUUGAAUUUAAAGUCCCAUAAAACGCCAAGAAUUUUAGACAUUUAAUUGGUGUAGAAAUUUUAAAGAAAAAAAGUGUAAAUAACGUAUUUAUUAGAACUGGUCGUAGUUUCCUCUGGUUAAAUGACAAAUAAUAAUGUAGAUAAAACACUUUUAGUGGAAAUCAUAUUGUGAAUUGUCUUUAAAUUUGAACUUAUAAAUAUCGUAAAAUAUUCAGAUUAUAGUCGCUAGAAUUUAAA